ACCGCCCAAUCACAUUUGAUGGGGGGCGGGAUUAGCAAAUUUAGCCUCUUCCGGGUUGACAACGCUGAAAAUAAUGGUGAAUAUCGUUAAAACAUAACUCUAAAUAAUAAGAAGCCGUCUUUUUAUAUAACUGAAGCUACGCAGGACGCCGACACGAUGGGUUUACUGACGAUUUUGAAGAAGAUGAAGCAGAAGGAGCGGGAAAUGCGGCUGCUGAUGUUAGGCCUUGACAACGCAGGGAAAACCACCAUCCUGAAGAAAUUCAAUGGAGAGGACGUCAGCACCAUCUCACCAACCCUGGGGUUCAACAUCAAAACGCUGGAGCACAGAGGGUUUAAACUAAAUAUCUGGGAUGUAGGGGGUCAGAAGUCAUUACGCUCCUACUGGAGGAACUACUUUGAGAGCACAGAUGGGCUGGUGUGGGUAGUGGACAGCGCAGACAGACUGAGACUGGAGGACUGCAGGCAGGAGCUCAGUUCACUGCUGCAGGAGGAGAUGUUAGCUGGUGCAACACUUCUGGUGUUUGCCAACAAACAGGAUUUGCCAGGAGCCCUGUCCAAAGAGGCAAUAAAAGAGGCGCUGGCAUUGGACCAGAUCAAAAGUCACCACUGGUGCAUCAUGGGUUGCAGUGCAGUAACAGGAGAUAAUUUGUUGGCGGGAGUGGACUGGCUCUUAGAGGAUAUUGCUGCAAGGAUCUUCACCACAGACUGAGUCUGUCUAUCCAUGUUUGUUUAUUUAACAAACUUCUAGCUGGAGAACUGUGACUGGAUUUCAGCAUCAUUGUUGGAUUCUGAAGAUCUUAAGAGUUCAAAUGCAGCGUUAGUGUUUUGUUUGAUGAGCUGCGGUGACAUGCAACACUGAGAAUGUCUGUAUACAACACUAAUCCAACCCUGAAUGCAAUUUCCGUGCUCUCGUAUACCAAUGUCACAUUUUAGUUCAUUAAUACAUAUAGUUAAAAUUCAAUACUUCAGUACUUUUUGAUACAGUGUACGAUAAAAUGAUAGUGUCUGUCAUUUUUAAGUCCAGUAGUAUUGAAAAGUAUUGAAGAGCUCAAGAAAAACUACAGAUGUGCUUUCAUAUUCUGAACCUACAGCUCCUACGAGCAAAUGAGAGAGCAGCAGUGUUGGGGACCAUGGCUAUAGAAUACAACGCAAAGAAAUAAAAUGUUAUUUUCUAACUGCUUCACAGCGGUUGAGCUCUCAUACAUCUCUUAAAAAUCUCUUAAAGAUGCACAAGUAAUAUGCAUCUGUUGCAGACGACGUAGAAGAGAGACAACAAUGUCACUUGAUAAAGGUUUUUUUUUUUGAGUCCCCACCUGAAGAGUGCUGGCUGUAAGCUUUGCACCUCCACACAGUGAUUACACAGAGGGCAGAUUGUCUUCAGAACAACUGGUCUAUAUGUGAUGACUGUGUCUAAUCAUUCUUUUAAGUCCAUUAUUUUCCACCUUUCAUCACUAUUAACUAUCAAACUUUUUUUGACCCUAUAUUAUUUACAGAAUACAGUAUUGUUUAGUUUUGUUUUACAUUUUGUAUCUUCUGCUCAAAUGUUUUCUGUAAUAAAUGCAUCACUCUUCAA